AUGCAUCGUCAGAACGCUCUCAAGCUCGAAACCCCCGGAACCAGCAACGAUUCCGAGCUUGCUUCGCGCCAGUUCCACUUUCCAUAUGCGGAGGCCUACUCGAUUCAGCUCGACUUGAUGCGCAAAGUGUUCUCUACCAUCGAAGACGGGAAAGUGGGUCUGUUCGAGAGUCCAACCGGCACAGGCAAGUCGCUUUCACUCAUUUGUGCUGCCUUCACAUGGCUCAGGCAAAAUGCACAAAGGCACACCAUCGGCACAAGCACCAACGACGGCGAAACUCACGGCUCGAACCACGGCCCAGCAACGCAGCAAGAGCCCGACUGGGUCGUCAAGCACAAAAAUGAACUCCGACGAAAGCAACAUGAAGCAUACGAGCUUGAUCUCAAAGAUCGCAUUGCUGCUGCUCGCGCAAAGCAAGCCGCUCUCAAAAAAAGCCUCCAAGACGGUCAAGUUCUGCUCGAUGCCCAAGCGAGGGUUGCUAAGCGGCAACGUCGCUCGGCUAACGACGACGAUGAUAAGGACUCGGAUGACGACCUCCUGAUAGAUGAGAAAGAAGGUGCCAAGAGUGCGAGGACGCUCCAAAUGGCCACCUACUCCAAGACUGCUUUGUCCGAAACGUCGGUCGAGAUCGACUCGAGCCUCUCACCUGCUGUCCGCGCACUAAUGCAGCAAUAUGAGCAAGCCAGCAGUCGAGGUCGUGAGGACGAAGAUGAACCUGAAACACUGCCUCGUGUCAUCUAUGCCAGUCGAACGCAUUCACAGCUCUCGCAAUUUGUCGCUGAGUUGAAGAAGACCUCCUUUGGACAAGUCGAUAUCAUCCAUGCCGAAACACUACCGAUUCGCACAAUUCCUCUAGGAAGUCGCAAGCAGAUGUGCAUCAACGAAGACGUACAACGGAUUGGCCGAAACAAAGGCUCAGAAGCAAUGAACGAACGAUGUAUCGAGCUGAUAAAGGGAAAAACGGGCAAGACCAAAUGUUCAUCUCUACCUCCCUUUGAUCAGACCGGGCGUUCCCGGAUUCUGGAGUUUCGCGACGCUGCCAUGGCCGAGGUAGGUGACAUCGAAGACCUUGUACAACUGGGAAAACAGACCAACACCUGUCCGUACUUCGCUGCGCGCAGCAGCGCCAAGCAAGCCGAGCUUAUCACACUUCCGUACAACCUACUUCUCCAGAAGGAUGCACGCAAUGCACUUGGCAUCAGCCUCGAAGGAUGCAUCGUCUUGGUUGAUGAGGCACACAAUCUGAUCGACACCAUCCUCUCUACGCAUUCGGUAACAAUCGACUCGCAGCAGAUCGCACAGGCGUCCGAGCAAAUCGAUACGUAUCUCGACAAGUUUGCAUUGCGACUAAAGGGAUCCAAUGAGCAGAAUCUGCGUAAGGUGCGCAAAGUACUGUCGAGCAUGUCAGCCUUUUUCUCCAAGAAGGCUGCGGAGGGAAAGACGAAUGCCGAGUUGGUCUUGUCAGCGGCCGACUUGGUGAGGAGUCUGACUGGUAAUCUGGACCAGAUCAACCUCGUAACGCUCGAGACGUGGCUAAAGGAAACGCAGAUCGCAAGAAAGAUCAGCGGGUACGCAGACAAGCACAGCAAGAUGGCGGUGCAGCAGGCAGCGGCGUCAGUAAACCAACACAAUGGCACUCGGACCAACAAGAGCAGACAUCCGCCCAAGCUUCUACUCGAAAAUGCAUCACCCGAUUCGAUACGCUCCGCAAGUCAAAGUGCCAUCUCUAGCAUGCAUGCGAUUGAGACUUUCAUCCUUUCGCUCGCCAACCGGUCCGAAGACGGUCGAGUAGUGCUUAGCAGCGCGACCAAUUCGGCAGGCGAGAACGUCGUGCGAGCCAAGUAUCAGCUGCUCAACCCAUCGCACGUUUUCAGAUCGCUUGUCGACGAAGCACGCUCCGUGAUCUUGGCUGGAGGAACGAUGGAGCCCAUGUCGGAUUUCCGCCAACAAUUGCUUCCCUUUGUACCACCGGAUCGCCUCGUGACAUUCUCGUGUGGUCACAUUAUACCCGCCAGCAACCUGAUGGUCUCUGUCUUGUCUGCAAGUCCAAAAGGGCUUCCUUUCGAGUUCAAGUUUGACUCGCGCGACAAUGUAGAGCUAAUCGAUGAACUCGGUCGCACGCUUGUCAAUGUUUGCAACAUCGUGCCCGCCGGAUUGGUAGUGUUCGUCCCGUCCUAUGCAUUUCUCGACAAACUGAUGGCGAGGUGGAAAGAUGCGGCGUCAGGAGGCUUGCUGCAGAGGCUAGGUAGCAAGAAGAAGAUUUUCAUCGAGCCAAAGACAACCAUGGAAGUAGACAAGGUGUUGGGCGAGUAUACGGCAGCCAUUCGGGCCAAGGAUGUCAAGACGGGAGUAUCGAGUGGUGGUGCGAUCAUGUUUGCGGUCGUAGGUGCCAAGCUGUCGGAAGGAAUCAACUUCUCAGACAACCUUGCCCGAGGCGUUGUCAUGGUCGGUAUGCCAUUCGCCAAUAUGCACAGCCCGGAGCUAGCUGAGCGGAUGAAGUAUGUACGUGAACUGGCAAUCAAGCACGAGUCGACUGCAUGCGUUACAGCAUCGCAAAAACCAAGCGACCCGGGCCACGAAUUGUACAUCAACCUCUGCAUGAAGGCUGUCAACCAAUCGAUCGGUCGAGCAGUACGCCAUCAGAACGACUUUGCAGCGCUCAUCCUGCUCGAUCGAAGGUACGCGCGGCCCGAGAUCAAACAGCGUCUACCAGGAUGGAUCCGCGACCAAGUCACUGUAGCUGACCGGUUCGGCAGCAUGGUCCAACAGACAGCCGCAUUCUUCAAGAAUCGCAAAAAUUGA